UUCCAGAUACUACAAGGACGUACGCAGCCAGAAUAAUUCAACAUGUUCUUUCUUGAGCCCGUGUCAUGAUUGUAUGAGGAAAUUUCUUCGGUGUUUCGUAUACCGGGUAACAGGUUAACAGUGAUAUGAAGACAACACACUGAGGUGAAAGUAUUGCUGAUAUACUUGCCUAUAGAGUUGAGAUGGAUAAUGAUAUUAUGAUCAUCGUCGCCGCGUGUCUCAUCGCAGUGCUCUCUGCCGCUGCCAUCGUCAUGGGCUGCUGUUUCAUGAAGCGGACCACGCUAGAGACACGGAAGCCUACUGUAUCUACUAGCUUGCCACGGCGGUUGGAGACGAACGCUUACACGAACACGGACACCAGGGAUAAACACAUGCCAUCAUGCAGCCACCACGGACAAGCCAAUCGUACGUCAGGAUCCGGGUAUGACAGGCUGCAUAUAGGGAAAGACAACAUUCUGAAGUUCACCGACAUGGAGCCGGAUUCAGCACAGAUAUACAGCCAUCUGGCCAGACACGAAGCAGACAUGGACUGGGCCGACGUCUAUGAUACGACGUUGCGUCAGCUUGGCAGAAAACGAGCGGAUGGAUCCUACAAUAAAGUAACCAUUCAGGAAAAAUAGACAUGUCUUUGCGAUCACGGGCUUCAUGUGUGAGGUGCAUAAGGUACCGGACCCAUGCAGUAAGACUGUCGAUAACUUCUUCCCGUUCAAUGUAAGAGGUGAAGACUAAAUGAUUGUCCAUU